AUGGAUAUUAACCAAUCUCAAUCUUUUGAUGGGACCCUGAAAAGGGUCCACACCGAAGUUUCAGAUUCUUCAUCAUCUGAUGAAGAAUCUAAGUCUUUGAAUGUUAAGAAAUCCAAAGUGAUUUCUUUGAAAACCUGGCCAAGGUUUCUCGUCAUCGGUUCUUCCGAUGAAGGGGCCUUGAAAAAACUGUCGCCCUUUGCAAUUCAGAAAGGGCUCGAAGGCUUGGCCGGAGAGCCCAAAACUGUCAAGAAAUUGAGGAAUGGCUCAUUGUUGGUUGAAUGUUCAACAGAGAGUCAUUCCAGAAAUCUUCUUAAAUCUAAAAUGAUAUGCAACAUUUCUAUCAUUGUGAGUCCUCACGCUACUCUAAAUUCAUCUAAAGGAGUAGUUCGAUCUCGGGAUUUGGAAGGAGUUAGUGAGGAUGAGAUUUGCGAAAAUCUCUCUUCACAAGGGGUUACAUCAGUCAAGCGGAUUAAGGUUCGUCGGAAUAAUGAACUUGUGCCGACAAACACCUUGAUCCUGUCAUUCAAUGUGCCUACACUUCCAUCUUCAGUUAAAGCAGGUUACCUGAAUAUACCAGUUGUACCUUACAUCCCCAACCCUUUACGGUGUUUCAAAUGUCAAAAGUUUGGACACGGACAGAAUACAUGUCGCAACAGAUUGACAUGUGCUCGUUGUGGUCAGUUUGACCAUGAUAGCAAGACAUGUCAGAAUGAUAUGAUAUGUACCAAUUGUAAAGGGAAACACUUUGCGUACUCGCGAGAGUGCCCAAAGUGGAAAGUGGAAAAACAGGUGCAGCAGGUCAAGGUAGAAAAGCGCCUGACUUUCAUUGAUGCUAGAAAACUUGUAGAGUCUUCGACAAAUGUGGUAUUAGGUAAAUCAUAUGCCACGGCUGUCAAGGUUUCUACAACGAGUAUAGCUACUCAAACUGAUUUAACUUGGCCCAACAGUGAGGAUACAUUUAAGAAGAUUUCUCAUCCAAAAGAUGUCAAAAAACAGACUGUUCAUAAACAAGUUUCAACAUCUACUCAAGUGUCUUUGGAUUCUAGGAAUCCAUCAAGAGGCUCAUCGCCUGGGGAGCCAGGUCCCAGUAAGCCUCCGUCAAGAAAAGACACCAAAAAGCAGCAUAAGGAUUCUUCUUCAGGACGACUGAAGAAAGCUGAAAAAAAGUUGGUUUCGACCAACAAUCCAUUUGAAGCUUUGGCUGAUGUGGAUGAUCAAAUGGAUAUAGUGCCAGAUGACCGUCCACACCCACAGAGAUCUCAUAAGCCAAAGAUAACUCCUGUACUUCCCCCUAAUGACUAA